AAAUCUACUCUCGCAACCACCUGAAUCUCACCUCCUCGCUUCCCAUUUUCAGCCACCUGCCACUAAGAAGUGCGAACUGAGAACUGAUGCUCCAUCGAAAUGGCUAUCCUUAGUCCUUAUUUCCUCCUUGUCAUAACCACCAUCACUGUCAUCAUCUUCAUAACAUCGCCGACAUCAAUCGCAUCACGGCCGUCUAAUUUUCCCAGCUCAAAGCGAGCUCCACGUUUUCUGGGGAAAUUUGCACACCCAGAAAAAGCCCAGCAGUAUCGGCAACAGUACCAAUACGAGACCCGAUACUUUUACCAGAAACUCGACCACUUCAGCUUCUCGGACCUCCCGAAAUUCCCGCAACGGUACCUUUUAAACACCGAUCAUUGGGUGGGUCCCAACCGACUGGGCCCCAUCUUCCUGUACUGCGGGAAUGAAGGCGAUAUUGAAUGGUUCGCCGUUAAUACAGGCUUUGUUUGGGACAUCGCGCCUCGUUUUGGCGCCAUGGUCGUUUUCCCUGAGCACCGGUACUAUGGAGAGUCAAUGCCAUAUGGAAGCAGGGACGUGGCAUAUAAGAACGCUACUACACUGUCUCAUCUAACGGCGGAGCAAGCUCUAGCUGAUUUCGCGGUGCUGAUAACUGACUUGAAGAGGAAUCUAUCGGCGGAGGGUUGUCCGGUGGUGUUAUUUGGCGGAUCAUACGGUGGAAUGUUGGCGGCAUGGAUGAGGCUGAAGUAUCCUCAUAUAGCGAUUGGUGCGCUUGCUUCAUCGGCGCCAAUUCUUCAAUUUGAAGAUAUUGUGCCGCCGGAAACAUUUUAUGACAUUGUUUCUAGUGAUUUCAAGCGUGAAAGCACAAGCUGUUUUAACACUAUAAAAGAGUCGUGGCAUGCAUUAGUAUCUGAGGGUCAGAAAGAGAAUGGACUUGUUCAAUUGACUGAAACUUUCCACCUUUGCCGGAAAUUGAAUAGCACGGAAGAGCUUUCAAACUGGUUGGAUUCUGCUUAUAGUUAUUUGGCAAUGGUGGACUACCCCUAUCCUUCAGCCUUUAUGAUGCCUUUGCCUGGACACCCUAUAAGAGAGGUUUGCAAAAAAAUUGAUGGUUCUCCUGAUGGGACUAACAUUCUGGAACGUAUUUUUGAAGGAGUAAGCAUUUAUUACAAUUAUACUGGGGAUGUUGACUGCUUUGAGCUGGAUGAUGAUCCUCAUGGAUUGGAUGGUUGGAACUGGCAGGCUUGCACUGAAAUGGUGAUGCCAAUGGCUAGCAGCAAGGAUGCAAGCAUGUUUCUCACAUAUGACUUUAAUUACACUUCUUUCAAAGAAGAAUGUUUGAAGAAUUUCGGGGUUGAACCUAGGCCCAGAUGGAUAACUACAGAAUUUGGUGGACAUGAUAUCAAGACUGCACUAGAAAGUUUUGGAAGUAACAUAAUUUUCUCUAACGGUCUACUAGAUCCUUGGAGUGGUGGCAGUGUGCUGCAGAAUUUAUCUGAAACCGUUGUUGCCCUUGUUACAAAAGAAGGGGCUCAUCACAUAGAUUUGCGUUCGUCAACACCUGAAGAUCCUGAUUGGUUAGUAGAGCAAAGGGCAACUGAGAUCAAGCUGAUUGAAGGAUGGAUAAAUGGCUACAAUCAAAAAAAGAAAACAACUUUCAACAUGUAGAGAUUUUUAGACUGCUUUAUUUGAUCUUUCCACUAUCUAUAAGCCAUUUUGUCUCUUCUCGUUUACUUGCUGGAACUGGAAUGACUAAAUAGAACCUGUUGGAUGCUUUGAUUCCGUUUAUUAGGUCUGUAAUGUUUAGAAAUACCCUUGUAAGAGGACGGUACUGUGCUGUAUAUAAUCUUAAUUUUUCUCUUUUUGGCUGUGGAAAAAUUAAAUUUGCUAUUGGUUUAUAA